CAUUGCUUGGAUUAUAUUCGACAAGAUAUUCAAUGUCAUAGCGACUUGACGCCCCUGUCAUAUCUGUGGGACGAGGAAGCUCAAGGUGUCCUUCCAGUCUUUAAUUCAACUCAUACAUGCCGGAAGUUCUCUGAUGUUCAUUUGUGGGCUUUGCAGAGG